AUGGAGGAUUGGCCACAGCUUGAGCAGCAGUGGUCGGAACAGUGGGCUAAGCUGUGCUUCUAUGCCAUCUUCAAUGGCUGGGACAGCAUCCUCAUUUCUGUGGCGGAUGGCGCUGGAACGAAAGAAGUGAAGCUACUGAAUGGCCCAGAAGAGUCCGGAUUUCAUUCUGCAGGCCUUCCCAAGGUGACCUUGAGCAAAGAGAGACUGCCAUCAGCGUUGCGGCUGCUGAGAGAGCCAAGGUUUGAGCAGGUACAUGGAGCUCUGCUUGAACAUCUCGACCGCUGGCUGUUAGAGUCCCAGAGAUAUGACCAGGCUGACAAGAGGCUCUGGCUGGCCACCUACGAGAUGCUGAAGUCCCAGGGCCUCCUGCUACUCCGCUUCGCAUGGACGCUGGCGGAUGUCUUCGAUGAGAAGGCUCGUUUUCUGAAGCGCAUGGCCAAGCUCUCGUUUUUCCUCAUGCUGCUGCUCGGGGUGCUCAUCACCUUCGUGACGACCUCUGCCGCGCCCCAGGACAUCACCGACGAAACGAAGAAGUACGCUGUGUUGGGCCUCAGCCUGGCAUCGAGCUCGCUUGCAGCUUGGACCACCUUUGCGGACCCCUCCAAGAAGUGGAUGAAGCUGCGAACCGGGUCGCAAAGGCUGCAAGCUGAGAUAUGGAAGUUCAGGACCCGGGUCGGCGCCUACGCGGGCGCGGACUUCACGCACAUGAGCGUGAAGGCAGACGAGGCUGAGAGACAGGCCGAGAAGAACCUCCGCAACGCGAUCUUCACAAUUGUGGAAUCUGCGCUCAGUCCCAAAGAUGCCAUUGCGACCACGAUGACCACUGACGAUGUCUGCCUCAGUCUGGGAAUCGAUGAGGGCACUGCAGAUGUGAGUCGCAACGAGAGCGCGAUGGAUCUAGCGAGCAUGAUGAGGAAGAGGCUUCAGAGAAAUGUCACUGCAGCGCACCGCCGUCACAAGCAGUACCCACCCUCCCAGAGCAAGCCGGCCGACAGACCGGAUCCUGCCGCGGUGGAGGAUAGUCAUCAUGCACCGGCCACCCCAGAUGAGUACAUCAUUUGGAGGUUGAAUCCGCUGCGCGACUUCUAUCAGGCUCGGAUACCCAGGGUUCGGCGCACGCGGAUGGCCAUACAGGUGCUCUUCCUGGCCUCCACGGCCUUGAUGUCGGUGCUUGCCGUGUCCGACCAGACUUCCUGGACGCCCCUGGUCGUUGCCAUCUCGGCAGCCCUGGCCUCCUGGCAGGAGUUCCGGGGAGUUGACAUGAAGCUGGAGCGCUACGGGUCGGUGGUCGCAGCCCUUCGCAACCUCAUGGUGUGGUGGCAGACUCUUCCAGAUGUCGACAAGGCCAACGUGCGCCACAUCGAAAACCUGGUGGAGAAGACGGAGAUGGCCACCUACUCCGAGCUGUCUGCCUGGCUGAGCGAUGCCCAGCAGGACAGCUAG